UCAGAUCUACUAUGCCUCGUAUCAUCAUUUCUCUGGAUCCCUAAAACUUCACAAUGUCGAUUAAAUAAAACCUCUGUCUAGGGUUUUCAAAUUGGGGAUUUCCGGGAAAUAAUAAUGGAAUCCGAAAUGAAAGACGUUUCAUCCAAAGAUCAAUUUCUCGAACCGAUAGAGGGUUCUGUAAAGGAUGAUUGGCCAUUGUUGAAAUCGGAAUCAAAUUCGGAUCAAUCUUCUUCUACAACAACUGAGAGUAUACUGGAGCUUGAGAAGAAAUAUGCUGCUUAUGUUAGAAAUGAUGUUUAUGGGACAAUGGGUAGAGGAGAAUUGCCUUUGACUGAGAAAUUAUUGCUUGGGUUUGCUCUUGUGAGUAUUGUGCCGAUUCGUAUUGUUAUUGGGAUGAAUUUGUUGUUCUUCUACUACUUUAUUUGUCGAUUUUGUACUUUGUUUUCUAUUCCGAAUCGAGAUGAAGGUGAUGAUGAAGAAGAAGAACAGGAAGAUUAUGCUCAUAUGGUUGGGUGGAGAAGGUCUAUUAUUGUUAAUUCUGGUAGAUUUCUUGCUAGGGUUAUGCUUUUUAACAUGGGGGUUUAUUGGAUCAGCGAAUCGUAUAAGGAGUUGCUCGCGGUGGAUGGUCCUGAGACUGAGUCUGAAGAAUUGGAAAGACCUGGAGCAAUCAUAUCGAACCAUGUUUCGUAUUUGGAUAUUUUGUAUCACACAUACUCUUUCUUUCCAAGCUUUGUUGCCAAGAGAUCAGUGGCUGAACUUCCUCUAGUUGGUCUUAUAAGCAAGUGCCUUGGAUGUGUUUAUGUUCAGCGGGAAUUGAAGUCAUCUGAACAGAAGGGUGUUUCUGGUGUUUUAACAAAAAGGGUUCUUGAAGCCCAGAAAAACAGAACGGCUCCAAUGAUGAUGCUUUUUCCAGAGGGUACAACCUCAAAUGGAGAUUACCUGCUUCCGUUUAAGUCAGGUGCCUUUUUAUCGAAAGCACCAGUCCUACCAGUGAUUCUAAGAUAUCCUUACCAAAGAUUUAGUCCUGCUUGGGAUUCCAUUUCCGGUCUGCGCCAUGUGAUUUUACUUCUUUGUCAAUUCGUGAAUUACAUUGAGGUGAUCCGGUUACCUAUAUACUACCCCUCAGAUCAAGAAAAGGAUGAUCCAAAACUUUAUGCACAUAAUAUACGGAAAUUAAUGGCGUGUGAGGGUAAUCUAAUACUCUCAGAUAUUGGGCUAGCCGAGAAGCGAGUCUACCAUUCUGCGCUAAAUGAUUUCCUCCAAAGCUAAACUUGGAUGCUUGGGACCUGUAAAUACUCUUUAAAGGCUGUUUUCUCUUGUUUGAUACAAAUUCUUUCAUCGACCUUUUUUUUUCUAUUGUAUGUAUUUAUGUAUGUGUGCUUCUAUUAUAUUUUUCUUUCUUUGGAUCCUGCUAGAGUAUUUGUUGUUUCUCUUUACAUGACAAGAUUGCAGGCUAAUCCUAAUCUCUCUAUUAUCACGUCUUAAA